AACAACAACAACAAACCCUUAAGCUUCCCAGCAAUCCAUUAAUCCAAGGUUGUCAAUCAUGGCCAUCCUCUCCGAUUACCAAGAAGAUGAUCAACAAUCUCCUCCUUUUUCUUUCAAUGCGGCUCUUGAUCCUUCAAACCCUCUUGGGUUUUUGGAAUCUGCGUUCAACUUUGUAUCUCGAAAGUCUAGUUUGUUCAAGAGCGAGUCUGCUGAGAAACAAAUCACGUCGUUGGUUCGUUCAAUCAGGGAAAGGAUAAAGGCGGCGGAAGAAGAGGCUUCAGCGAAGAAGGCGCCUGAGAAAGAACAAGACAAGGAGAAGGAGAAGAAACUUGUUCCAAACAAAGGCAACGGCAUAGACAUGGAGAAUUAUUCAUGGGGUCAGUCCCUUCAAGAGGUCACCGUUAACGUGGAAAUCCCUCCUGGAACAAAAUCCAGCCUCGUUUUGUGCGACAUUAAGAACAAUUAUUUGAAGGUUGGGGUCAAGGGUCAGGCUCCGAUCAUCGAUGGGGAGCUAUAUAAGCCUGUGAAAGCUGACGAUUGCUUUUGGAGUUUGGAGGAUCAGAAAUUAAUCUCCAUUCUUAUGAGCAAGAGAGACCGGACGGACUGGUGGAAGUCUUUGUUGAAGGGGGGCCAAGAGAUUGAUACGCAGAAAGUGGAACCGGAGCCAAGCAAGUUGUCUGACUUGGACUCUGAAAUGCGUUCUGCUGUGGAGAAGAUGAUGUUUGAUCAGAGGCAGAAGAAGUUGGGCCGUCCGAGCAGCGAUGAGAUCCAAAAGGAAGAGUUGCUGAAGCAAUUCAUGGCUCAGAAUCCAAACAUGAACUUCUCGGGAUCCAAGUUUAUGUAAUAGUCUUAGGAUCCUGUCGAGCUAUAUGCAAGGAUGUCAUGGAUUUUUCCUUUUUGAUUCACAAGAGUAUAUCUUCAAUUUUUGGCUGGAUUUCUGGCAAUUUAUGAUUUGGUAUUACAUUGUCGAUCAAUUGUCGUCUUUUUUAAGAAUUUCUUGUAUUCGCUUUUACCUUUACUGUGUUUUACUAAUAAAGUUUUUUCUUUUUUCAA